AUGGAUCAAAUGAAAAGAAAAAAGUAAAGACUGCUGAGGAGGGGUGUAAAAAGAAUACAGCCCCAGAGGAGCCGGUGAGACGGAGAGAAAAAGCUGGCAACAAGGAGAAGCAGGAGAACACUAACAAAGGAAUAACAACAGAAGAAAGGAGUGACAGAGCCAUGAACCUGAGUGUGACCUUUGCCCUGUUUCUGCUGCUGCUGAAUCUUCACACUUUUACAGCCAUGGGAGGCAGAGCCCAGCGCAAACAGAGACAAGCUGAGGAGAGCCUGAGACCGUAUAUUGGCAGAGUCGAGCCAGAAAAGCUUUGUGAGCUGCUGAAAUGUCACAGUCCGGUGGGAUCCUGGUGCCAGGUAGUUCGGGAAAAUGAGGUCCUCAUCCCCAAGUGCGUCUGUCCUCGGUCCUGUCCACGGCAGAGGGCACCAGUGUGCAGUGUUCUGGGGCGGACCUAUGGGAAUGAGUGUUUGCUGCAUAAAGAAGCCUGCAGAAAGAGACGCCGCACCGGCCUGGCUCACACAGGACCCUGUCUGGUCCCCAAGGCUAAAUGCACCGAGGAGGAGCUGAGCCAGUUUCCAUAUCGUCUCCUGGACUGGUUUCUGCUCCUGAGUCGUAUGGGAAAGUCCUACUCACCUGCCGCCCCGCCCCAGAGCUGCCUCAGCCAUGCCCAGAGGAUGCAACUUGCUCAGCAAAGAUUUGCCGUCCUUGACAAGAACAAAGAUGGCAAGUUGAGCCGCAGGGACCUGAGGAAGCUGCGCUACAAGAGGAUGCCACUGGAGCACUGUGCUACAGCUUUCCUUCAGUCAUGUGACCGUAACAGGAACAGGAAGGUGACCCUGCAAGAAUGGACAGCCUGCCUGGUGGAUCGCUCCGAGGCCUGGUUCUACCAGUUCAUGUCAAUGAGAAUGGGUUCCCGCAAGCUGUGUCGCACAAUCAAAGAGGACAACCUUUGACAUGAGAACAGCCAUGAUGCCUGCAAGUCCUCUGUACUGUGAAGAACUCCCUGAAGACAACAUACGCCACGGUGACUGGACUUUUAAAGCUACAGGACGGCGUCAUCACACACUGCUCACUCAUCUGUUUGACUUUGCAUCGCGGCUUGUAAUUUAGUGAUUUAUCAUGUCAUCAAAUGUGAGGGGUCUGCUGGCUGCCGGUGCAUUCAUGUGUGUGCCCGAAAGAGACAGAUGUCUAGACGGACGUACCGCUCGCACUGUUAAUUACAUUAGCUGACAUUUGUAAAUUUGAGUUGUAAAAGAGCUGGGGCGGCGUUAAGUACCAAAGUACAUGACAUGCUUUGAAUAAUCAAUUAGAAAGGAAGGAUGACAUCAGCGCAAACAGGCAGCAGGGAUGUAUACAGAAUGACAAACUAGAUGGGAAGUAAUGAUAAGGGGGAAAAGAAACGCGUGAGAUUAGCAUGAGAUGACGUGACCGGAGAAAAGACAAAGAGAUAAUAAAAAAGGGGGAGCGAAUGAGAGACGUAGAGGAAAGUGUUAUAACGCACUGGAGGAGAGCGAGGGAGGGAAGAAGGGAGGGAGGGAUGCAAAGUGACUGAAGGAAGGAGAGGGAAGUAUAAAGUGUGUUUGUGAAAGAUGGGAGGAGGUAAUGCACUGUAAAUGGGAGUUGAGAGUAAUGGAGUAAUGCAUAAAAAAUGGAUCAGAAAUGAGGGAUAGACUGAGAAGGGAGAGCGAGGGGGGAGGGGAUGGCUGAGAGAGCGGGAGGAACUGAGGAGAAGAGGGGGAAAAAACGCAAGGAAAAGAGGUUUCGAUGCUGCAAAAAACAUUUUUCGACUCUGCAAAUAGCAUCUGCGAGCAUGAUGCAGGACAUCUGCAACACUUGACCUCUGUCAAGGUAAAAAAACUUGCAUAAUGCAAGCUCGCAGACUUUUCGUAUGUAUGCAC